AGACCUUUGACCUCAAAAUGGCGGCCGCCAGUGUUCGAUGCCUUGUGAAGUCUCUUGUCUCGUCCCACCGUGUGAUGGUGUUCUCCAAGUCCACCUGUCCCUUCUGUAUGAUGGCUAAAGACGUCUUGAGCGAGGCUGGAGUUCCUCAACCCAAGGUCUUAGAACUGGACCACAUAGAGGAGGGGCAGCAAGUACAGGAUGCCCUGUUCGAGCUGACUGGCAUCAGAACCGUUCCCAACAUUUUUAUCAGUGGAAAAUGCAUAGGAGGAGGCACAGACACGGCAAGGUUAUACGAGACAGGAGAACUUCAACAAUUACUCACAGAAGCUGGAGUUCUUAAGAAACAGGAAGAUUCUUAGCUGGAAUUUCUUAACUAGCAAGGACUAGUACUAUAGGAGUUGGGUACCAAUACACUACUGGACCGCUACUGAAUCGGAAAACCACUUUGGACCUGUACAAAAACCUGAACCUCCAUGGAACAGUUGUGGACCUGAACCAGAACAAACA